AUGGCUGACGGAGCCACACAUGGCAGCGAUGGCGUUCCACAGCCGUUGCCUGUGCUGCUCAUUGGGUCUGGCAGCGCCGGCCUUGCUCUUGCACAAGGACUUCGAAAAGCUGGCAUACCCUGCACUGUCUUCGAAAAGAAUGCCUCGCGCCACAGAGAAAGAGACUGGAACAUGGGCCUGCACUGGGCUGCACCCGUCCUGCGCUCUCUCAUCCCAGAUGGCCAGUUCGAUGAGAAAGUGCAGAGCCUCCAAGUCGACCCUCACGUGCCCACCAAGGAGUUGGACGACCUUAUAUGGCUAAAAGGCGACUCUGGCGAGCGACUAGCAACCAUCACGUUCGGACCCUUCUACCGGCUACGGAGAAGUAAGCUGAGAGACCUCUUGUCCCAGAACCUCGACAUCCAGUACGGAAAGCACCUCCAAAGCAUCGCCUACUCCUCCUCCGGCCAAUCCGUGACUGCCUGCUUCGCCGAUGGUACCUCGGCUGAGGGGAGCCUCCUCGUCGGCGCUGACGGCGCUCGCUCAACGACACGCUCCCUCCUCCUGGGCCCAGAACUCGGCGCCAUUCAUCCUAUCCCUUACUGCGCAACCUUCAUCCAGCACAAGUUCACCGCAGAGCAAGCCGUCUACCUGCGGAGCUUCCAUCCGCUCUUCCUUGCUUCCGCCCACCCCAACAACACCUUUGCCUUCUUCGGCAUGCACGACGCGCCCGACCCCACCGACCCCUCGUCCUGGACCUUCUUCUUCUACAUCUCUUGGCCCUCCUCGCUCGAGGAGCAAGAAGCAACCAAGCACUGGACAGAUGCCCAGCGCGUCAAGCAGCAGAGGGAGCUGGCAAAUGCCUUCUGCGAUCCUUGGAAGAGCGCGCUCCAAUGGACGCCCGACGAGGCUUCGGCUUGGUAUCUGGGGCUCACUGACUGGGAUCCAGCGCUCGAGGGCCAUCGAUGGGAUAACCACAAUGGGUUGGUGACGCUGUUGGGUGAUGCCUGUCAUCCCAUGACGUAUCAGCGAGCGCAGGGCUUGAAUCACAGCGUCACGGACGCGGGCAAGCUGAGGGAUGCGCUGGUGAAGAUUCAGGAGGGCGCAGCGCAGAAAGAUGUCAUCGAUGCGUUUGAGGAGGAGAUGCUCACAAGAGGUGGCACCGAGGUUAGGGAAGGAACGGCGAACACGGUCAUGUUGCAUGACUGGGAGAGGAUCAAGGAGAGCCCGUUGUUCAAGAAGGGAAUGAGGAAGACGGAGACUUGA